AUGUUCUCUACGCAGUCAGCAGACAAUACUGAACGUCAACACUACCGUUAUAAAGCACCUCUGUUCAAAGAUGAACGUUGUACGUUUGAGCGUAUCGAAAAAUUUAUCUCAAACGAAUAUUUCGUUGAUUGCAAUCUACGCGGAAGAUUGUACGGCUCAUCAAUUCCAGUGCAAAUAAAACAUUUGGAUUUUGGUCACAGAACUGUCUCGUUCAAUGAAGCCGUCGAGGAACUUACCAAAAAAGGUGAAUCCGUGGAUAAAGAUUUCACGUUUGGUCCGACUUGGUCAACACACUGGUUUCAAGUUGACACAGACAUACCGAAGAAAUGGCAUAAGAAGGAUUUGUUGCUCAGAUUCGAUACGGGUUGUGAAGCGCUAGCGUGGAACUUGAAUGGAACGCCCAUUCAAGGGAUAUCGCCAAGCGUCAACAGAAUUGCCAUUCAUAUCAAUUCCACUCCGUCACUGCAACGUUUCUUUGUUGAAGCAUCCGCGAAUGAUCGCAAUGGAGACGGUGAUGCUGGACAAAUAAGACCUGCGAAAUUGGAUAAACAAUUCCAAAUAAAAUUAGCAGAUGUAGUUGAAUACGAUAAGCUGGUCGAUGAAUUGCUGAUUGAUUUUGAGUUAUUACUCGAAAUGGCGAAUUAUUUACCAAAAGAAGGUGCGAGACGUUAUGAGGCAUUAUAUCAAGCCAAUGAUAUGAUAAAUCAAUUAAUUCACUGCAAAUUCUCGGUUGAAUCCAAGAAGGAGUGUCACCAAAGAGCGUUACAGUUUUUCAAAGAAGCCAAUGGUGCGAGUCAACUAACGUUGCAUGCAAUUGGUAAUUGCCAUAUCGAUACUGCGUGGCUAUGGCGCUUUGAUGAAACGAAACGAAAGUGCGCUCGAAGUUGGUCAACUGCGUUAUCGUUAAUGGAACGUAACGACAAAAUCACUUUCGCUGUUUCUCAAGCACAACAGUUGGUUUGGAUCCGGAAGCAUUAUCCGACCAUUUAUGAGGAUAUGCAAGAUCGAGCGGCAGAUGGACGAUUGAUGGGCGUUGGGGGGAGUUGGGUGGAGAUGGACGCGAAUAUGCCGAGUGGUGAGAGUUUGAUACGGCAGAUGUUGUACGGACAACGCGAAUUGAAACGAAUCUUCGGAAAGUACUCGACGGUGUUCUGGCUGCCUGAUACAUUCGGAUAUUCAGCACAAUUACCACAACUGAUCAAGCACUGCGGCAUGAAUUAUUUCGUAACCCAGAAAAUGAGUUGGUCUUUAAUUAACAAAUUCCCACAUCACUCGUUUCGUUGGUUUGGUAUCGAUGGUACUGAUGUGCUCGUUCAUUUCCCACCGCAUCAUUAUGUGGCGCAGAUAACCGUGAAAGAGUGCUUGGAAUCAUUGUGGAAUUUUACGGAUCGGGGACGUUCAAAGAUAGCGAUGAUGCUCUAUGGACACGGGGAUGGUGGAGGUGGGCCCGAUGAGAGUAUGCUGAAAAGGGCUGAUCGUUUGGUGGACUGCGAUGGUGUGCCGAAAGUGAAGCAUUCAACACCAGAUGAAUUCUUCAGUGAGCUGGAGAAAGAUGUUGAUAAUUUGUGUGAAUGGAGAGGGGAGUUGUAUUUGGAAUUGCAUAAUGCCACUUAUACGACUCAGUCGAAUAUUAAACGUCUGAAUCGAAUCUUGGAAAGUAUUCUCAGAGAUCACGAAUUCGUUCAGGCAAUGAUACGUCUGGAAGGUGGUCAUGCACGUUCUUUAAGCGAUGAAUGGAAGGAUUUGUUACUGAAUCAGUUUCACGAUGUACUCCCAGGAACGUGUAUAAAGGAGGUUAUUGAAGACGCAUUGAAUAUAUACGAUCAACUGCUCGAAAAACUAACUUUCGAUAACGGAAGUGGACUGAAAAUUUUUGGUUACGCUUUAUUUCAAUUCAUUUCGCUAUAA